UUUUCACUUUUAUUCACGCGGUAAGUGAACUAGAAUAGUCAAAAAUCGGCUUCUGAAAAUUACCGUCUGCAGUUCUGAAAAUAGAUCUAGGGUUUUUACUGUGGUGAUCUAUAUUUGUGAGAUUGACCUCGAUUUGUUGAAGGAUAGCCCACCCUGGUGAACAACUUGUGAAAGAAGGUGUUUUACCCAAAAAAAGGUACUAAGAAUGGCUGCUCAAUCCAAAAAGAAAAAGAAUCAGAAAGGUUAUGCUGAGGAAACAGGUGAUUCCCCUGUCAAAAAGAAGCAAAAGAGAAUUUCACUUCCUGGUAUAGUUAUUCGAGAACCGAUUUCUGGCCAAGUGAAGGGACCACGUACAAUUCAACAAGAUAAAAAUAAGGGAAAAGGAAAAAUAAUUUUAGAUCCCGACUCUGCCAAAGUAAAGAAAUCGUGUACAUUGCAACAAUAUAAAAACAAGAAUCCAGAUCAAAUGAUUGAAGGUGAGUGUUCCAAGGCAGCUGAACGGAAAAAAAAUAAAGGAAAAAGAAUGUUGAGUGAAGAGGACAAAAAUGAAGAAAGCGAGAGUUCAGAUGACGAUGAUUUUGAGGUUGUGCAUCCAAGGGUUCAAAUCGCGAACCUCAUGGAUGUACGGUGCAAACGAAGAGGAGUGAAGGAAAACUUUCCGAAGAAAAAAAAGGUCAGACAGAUUAUGGCAUCUGUUCCAGGUCUGAGAACACGGACUUCGCCAGCAUCACUGUUCAAGAAAAUUAGCUUGAUGAAUGAAGCUAAAAAACAAGCAGUACGUGACAUGGGAUUUGGGUCCGUAUUGCAGUUAGGUGUGAGAAAAUUACCUGGAAAACUAGCUUUCUGGGUAGUCGAGCAUUUCGACUGCAAGAGCUGUUCAAUUGUGGUGGGUGGUAAUCAAGGUAUAAGGGUUGAUGAAGAUGACGUGUAUAGAGUUUAUGGUUUUCCAAAAGGCAAAAAGGAAAUUGAGAUAUUCGAGAGAAAACAUAGAAGUCCUCUGUAUGAUGAGUGGUUGGCAUUCUUUGAAGAUUCAACUAAGGAUGACAUAAAGAUCACACAUGUGUUGGACGUGAUGAUAGAAAGGGUUGAUGCAGAUAUAUGGUUCAAAAGACAUUUCAUAAUUGCCAUGGCAUGUUGUUUGAUUGAGAGCAUGACCAAUGGGACAGUGCAUCCUUACAUUCUGAAUUGUCUUCAUGAUAUGGACAAACUAAGAGAGUGGAAUUGGGGGGCCUAUGUUCUGGACAGUGCAUGUGAUCAGAGACUUUCAUGGGACAAAAAUAAAAAGAAAGUUUUUGCAGGACCAGCCUUGUUCUUGACGGUACAUAUUGUUGUAGUUUAUUUUUUUUUAAUUUUGUUUUGUUGGUUUGUUAUUUAA